UUCUUUAAAGAAAGGAAAAAGAUUUAAUUACAAACCUCAAGGACAUUUGAUUUGCUCUUCUGUUUUGUCUUUCUCUUAAUAAUGUGUUCUGGUAGCUUUGCCAAAUGCCUUGGCAUCACUCUCAUUCCUCUUGCUAUUCUUUGCACCCUUGCAAACAUUUUGCUGUUUUUUCCAGGAGGGAAAACAGUAGAUAACAAUGAGAAAAUCACAAAUGAGGUGUGGUACUUCGGAGGGUUGUUGGGGUCUGGAGUUCUAAUGAUAUUCCCUGCCUUGGUUUUUCUGGGUCUGAAAAACAAUGACUGCUGUGGCUGCUGUGGGAAUGAGAGCUGCGGGAAACGUUUUGCGAUGUUCACCUCUAUUAUAUUCGCUGCAGUGGGACUGGUAGGAGCUGGAUACUCUUUCAUAGUGUCUGCUGUUGCCAUUAACAUAGGUCCAAAAUGUCAGACUGUUGAAGGAUUUAAGUAUCCAUUUAAUAAUGGGAAUUACCUGUCAAACACCUCACUAUGGACUGCGUGUGAAGGGCCUGGAGAUAUUGUUACUUGGCACCUGACCCUCUUUUCUAUGCUGUUGAUAAUGGCCGGUGUCCAGGCACUGCUGUGUGCAGUCCAGGUCAUUAACGGGCUCAUCGGCACAAUAUGUGGAGACUGUUGUGGCUGCUGUGGGGGCGAUGGACCUGUCUAACAGCACUGUAUAAAAAGAAGAAGGCGUGACCCAUUUCUCUCUGUAAACAAGUGUACAAGUCUAUAAAAAUGUUAAAUUCUAUUUUGCUAUUUCAGAAAUGUAAUAUUGUUCCGGGGCAUUGAUGCACAAAACAAAUACCAUAUAUAUUUUUUUUUAAAACUUUUGCAGAUUCACCUUCAAGUUGUAUAUGUUAGAGUAUUGAUUUGAAUACACUUCAAAAUACAGGUAUAUUAAUUACACAUAUUGGCAUUGUAGUUACCAUUUGCUAACGGUUACUCUAUCCAUUUAGUACACAAUUCAAUGACUGUGAGCAUGAAACUCCAACAUUAAUGUGUUUGACAAAGUGAUAACUGAUGUAAGUAAUGUGUAAGUGUAGCUACAGUGUAGUCAUUGGACCUGUAUUUUGAAGUGUAUCCAAAGAUCUUAAUAAACCAUUAAAUAAAUCGUAAACAUACAAACAUGCUACCUUUAAUAUUUUGUAUUUGUAUACAGUGAAAAAGAGUACUUUAUUACACAGUCAGCAAUGUACUUCUAUAUGGCAGAUCUUUUUUUAUAUUUCAUUAAAUGAUAUAUUAAUAUAUGUCAGAAUGCACUGUGAAAGACUUGCUGUGAAAAAUAACACAAGUCACUUGUUCACUUCAAACGGGAUACAAGAUUUUAGGACUAUAGGCCUAUGAUAGAGGGCACUGUAGCUCCACCCAGCAGAUGUAAUUGCACUAGCUGCCUAAAAUGGCUGACAUUUCUCAUGAGGAGACCAAAGAAGCCUAGGGACCCUAAAAACACUGUGUGGUCUAUUACAUUGGUCUUACUAUGGAGGAUCUAAAUACCAAUGUCGUUUUAAUCAUUUUUAGAAGUGGUACUUUGAGAAUACCAACAUCUGUUUGCUGUAUUUUUGUAUUUAGAGAAGGUAAAAAGACUGAUUUGGUCUUAAAAUAUGGAAGUAUAUAGAUAUGUUUAAAUCAAUUGAACGUACUCCUCUGUAUUAUGAAAAAAAAAAAAAAACAGAU